CGUUAUUUAUCUAUAUAUAGCAAACUCUAUAUAGAAUCUAUAUCCUACGCUGCAUUCAGAUUCUAAAAUUCCAGACAUGCACAGUUGAGAAAGCCACUAUAUGUAUGCGACAACGAAAUAGAAUACUAGACAAAACUGAUCAGUGACAAGUAGCUGGAAAAGCAAUGGCAAAAUUUGAAGUAGCCAUGGUGCCAUGGUUGGCCAUAGGCCACAUUACCCCAUUCAUCCAUAUUGCUAAUGAGCUCGCAGGCAGAGGCCAUAGAAUUUCUAUCCUGUUGCCCAACAACACCGCUCUUCGUCUCCAACAUCUUAUUCUCCACCCAAACCUCAUAAACAUUCACACCAUCAUCCUUGCCGAUAUCGAAGGCCUCCCUAUCGGGGCGGAGACGGCCUCCGAUAUGCCCGAAGAUCCAAUGGGCCAUCCAUUGGCCGUGGCUAUCGAUCUCACUCGAGCCCAAGUAGAAGAACAUUUGUCCAAAACCAAGCCCCAUUUCGUUUUCCAUGAUUUGGUUCAUUGGAUUCCGGAUAUCACAAAGCAACUCGGAUUGAUAUCCGUUUGCUUCCAUGUGAUUUCGGCAGCAUCUUUGACAAUGCCACUUGUUCUCCAACGAAUUGUACCCGAAAUUACAACACUAACACAGGAAGAUCUUUCCAAGCUUCCCAAUGACUUCCCUGCUUCAUUUAUCAACAAACUUCGCGGUUAUGAUAGAUAUGAAUUUGUUCACUCGCUUUUACAUAUCAGUCGGUCACCGGGAGUUGGGAUCGCUUCCUUUUACGAUCGAAUAUUUAUCUCCAUGAAGAAUUGCGAUGUUCUAUCUAUAAGAACGUGUAGAGAACUCGAAGAUGGAUUCUGCGACUUCAUCGGAAAUCAUUACGGUAAGCCUUUGCUGCUAACCGGUUCGGUUUUGCCGGAGUUGGUUAUCACACCUUUGGAAGAUCGGUGGGCUAAUUGGCUCGGCGGGUUCGAGGUUGAUACGGUUGUGUUUUGUGCAUUUGGAAGCCAGCUUGUUCUCGAGAAAGACCAAUUCCAAGAACUGGUAUUAGGGUUCGAGCUUACUGGGUUGCCAUUUUUUAUAGCUUUGAAACCUCCAAUUGGCUGCCAGACUAUAGAAGAGGCAUUGCCUGAAGGGUUCGAAGAGAGGGUGAGAGGGAGAGGUGUGGUUCAUGGUGGUUGGGUUCAGCAGCCGCAGAUACUGAGUCAUCCAUCGGUUGGGUGUUUUGUGAACCAUUGUGGGUUUGGAUCCAUGUGGGAGUCUUUGAUGAGUGACAAACAGGUUGUUUUGGUGCCACAUUUGGGUGACCAGGUGAUUAAUACUAACCUGUUGGUUGAAGAGCUGAAAGUUGCGGUGAAAGUGGAGAGGGAAGAUAAAGGAUGGUUUACAAAAGAGAGUUUGAGCAAGGCUAUAAAAUCUGUGAUGAAUAGAGAUAGUGAGGUGGGUAUUUUGGUGAAGAAGAACCACGUAAGGUUGAAGGAAGUAUUAGGGAAACCUGGUUUCACGAGUGGGUAUAUUGAUAAGUUUGUACUUGGUCUGCAUGAGAUUGUCAACCAAAAGUAAUUGUUGGUAAAAUUAAGUUUGUACUUGGAAGUACUGCUGUAACCUAGCCAUUUGUCCAUUCACAUCAAUG